UAGGCUGGGAGUUUUGGUCCAGGCCCGGGCCAACAAACAGGACGGGGGAAAGAAAGCAGGAGCAGCCGAAUGUGUUACAGGAAACUCGACGUGGACUAUGCACAUGAAUUAAACGCAGGCGAGAGCUUUUGUACGCGAUUCGCACACGCGAAUGAUAACUGGAGUGAGUGAGGAUACUUUGGAUUUAGUUCGGAUCGCUGCUCAGCUGGAGCGCAAUUUUUAGUGCAUUUCACGUUUGACUGCAUCAUGCCGAGGCGGACCGUUCACGAAGUAACAGUCCAAGAUGUGCAGAAGAGGAGAAAUCCCAGCAAACACUAUGUUUACCUUAUCAAAGUCUGCUGGUCCGAUGGCAGCACUGAGGUCAUCUACAGAAGAUACAGUAAAUUCUUCGAUCUACAGAUGGAACUUCUGGACAAGUUCCCUGUGGAAGGUGGACAGAAGGAUCCAAAGCGCAGGAUCAUCCCUUUCUUACCAGGAAAGAUCCUGUUCAGAAGGAGUCACAUCAGAGAUGUUGCCAUGAAAAGACUGAGGCCCAUCAAUGAGUACUGCAGGGCACUCAUCCAGCUACCGGUCUACAUCUCCCAGUGCGAGGAAGUGCGUGUGUUCUUUGAGACUCGACCUGAGGACCUCAACCCCCCCUCUGAAGAGCCUGUUGGAAAAAAGAAGUCAGGCAUUGUGGAGAGAGCAGCUUCUUUCAUAAAGAGAGGAGGAGACUCUAGUGGAGCAGAUGGGCUGGUUCUGGACCAGUAUGUGGCCGUCACCGACUACGAGAAGCAGGAGAGCUCAGAGAUCAGCCUGCAUGUGGGCCAGGUGGUGGAGGUCAUUGAGAAGAAUGAGUCUGGAUGGUGGUUCGUGAGCUCAGAGGAUGCCCAAGGUUGGGUCCCGGCCACCUGUCUGGAGGCACAGGAUGACCCUGAUGAUUUCUCUAUGCCUGGAGAAGAAGUGCGCCGGAGGUACUGGUCACUGCCCAGGCACGUGGGCCGCCGACGAACGUUAGGGGAUCUGCUCAGCACAGGCUGGGGGCAAGAGGAGAAGUAUUCUGUGAUCUACCCGUACGCGGCCCGAGAUCAAGACGAGAUUGACCUGGAGAGGGGCAUGAUUGUGGAGGUCAUCCAGAAGAAUCUGGAGGGAUGGUGGAAGAUCAGGUACCAGGGGAAGGAGGGCUGGGCCCCCGCCUCCUACCUGAAGAAGGCCGACAUUCUGAGCCAGAAGAUAGCCGCUGGGGUGGCAGCACAUGUCAGCACCAACGACCUGGAGGGCGUCUCCAAGCAGCAGAAGGAUCAGAACAAGGAGAACCAACAAGGCUUCUCUCCGUUCCCAGAGAAGAACAAGCACAAAGCAGGCCAAAGACAGAGACCACCACCACGUCGUGAUCUCACCAUCCCUCGGGGGCAGAACCUACCCAAGCCACCAGUGCCUCCGCAGGUGGAAGAGGAGUAUUACACCAUUGCAGACUUCCAGACCACAAUCCCAGACGGCAUCAGCUUCCAGGCAGGCAUCAAAGUGGAGGUGAUUGAGAAGAACUCCAGUGGUUGGUGGUACAUCCAGAUUGACGAGAAAGAAGGCUGGGCCCCCAUGACCUUCAUAGACAAGUACAAGAAGACCAGCAAUGCCUCCCGGCCCAACUUCCUGGCGCCUCUGCCCAAUGAGAUGGCACAGAUGAAGCUGGAGGAUGGUGCUGCCAACAACGGUGCCCCAGACGACAACUGGUCCAAGCCCUUGCCGGAUGAGCCAUCGGUUACCGUCGACUUCGCCGCUCGGCCUAAACUGCGGGAUUGGAAGUCGGGUGCUGGCAAGAGUCCAGCGUUCUCGGGUCCACUUCCCCCGGCGCCAGCCUCGCCUCCCGUGGAGGAGAAACCAGCGCUGCCCCCCCGCAGGGAGUCCAUCAACAAGAGUAUGGACAGCGAAGUGGUGGUGGAGAAGCCCCGCAUCCCUGACCUGUCCAAGCCCCUGCCACCGAAGCCACCCGUCCCCGGGGUUAUCAUGCCCUUGGUGGCACCCAAGUCGGCUCCCUUGAAGCCGGACAAGCCGCCCGAGCCCAAGCGGGGCGAGGAGAAGAGCAAGGCACUGCACCUCCGCAAUGAGAUGGGCCUGGAGUGUGGCCACAAGGUGUCCGCCAAGGAGGUCAAGAAAUUCAACCUGAAGCCCGUGCCCAAGCAGCCGCCCAAGCCCAAGCCGGAGCCGGCCGAGGAGAAGGCGGAAGCCGUCCCUCCAGCACCCUUCCUCAAGCCCAAGCCCAUGAUCCGACCCAAACCAGUCCCAGCGGCCAAGCCCGAGGUGGCGGCAGAGAACAAGCUGGACAUCACUAACUUGCGGAGCAAGCUGCGACCGUCCAAACCUGCCGAACCUCCCGGCGCGGCAAAUUCAGAAGCGGCUGCGCAUAAUGAGCCCUCAUCACCCGUCAGCGUGGUCUUGAACAACAGCAGAUCCGCUGACGAGCCUAGGUGUCCUCCGAAGCAGCAGAACGGCCACGACGCCCCGGUUCCCCCGAGGCCGGCCGCCAAAGAGCCUCCGCAGAGGCCCAUGGCCGCACCCCGCCGACCCCCUCCACCCAAGAAGACCGAUGAACCCUCCAGCCCAACCGAGACCAAACCCCCUGCGAAAGAGGACAGGAAACCCUCCGCCCCACCUCCCCAGAGCCGGCCACCUCCUCCCAAACCCAAGGCGCCUCCUAUCAAAGACAAGGAGAAAGAGGAGCCAAAGGCCAGAAUGCCCAUUCCGCCCAAACCGCAGGUGAAGAGCGAGAAGCCAGGCCCGCCACGGGACAAGCUCCCGCCGCUCAUCAAAGACCCGUCCAAGGAGGAGCUCUUCCUGGCCGUGGCCGACUUCGACGGCGAUGACCAGACGCCCAGCUUCCGUGAGGGGACCGUCUUCGAGGUGAUGGAGCGUGACAACAGCGGCUGGUGGUUCUGUAAAAACAUCGUGACCGUGACGGAGAGCUGGAUACCCUCCAACUAUCUAACCAAGAAACAUUAGGUGCUGGAUUGAUAUCAGCCGUUUCUAAACAAGCAAACAAACAAAAACAAAAAAAAAGUAUUAAUACUCAAUAUAUUUAAUUAGCUGUUUUAUUUAUAGGUACCUUUUUAAAUCGGAGCCUGUUUUAAACAUUCCAUCUUUCAAAUUUAGUUUGAAUUUAUCGUUUUUUUAGCGGGCAGAGUGAGACGUCCGAACAGGAGGAAAAACAUUUGUGUAUUUGUACUCAUCACCAUUUGUGCCAUAUGUUAAUCAAGCCUAUAAUAUUUUUGAUGUGUAUCACAAAACUCUAAUAGACUAGCAAUAUAUCUGGCCUACUUCCCUUGACAUUGUGCCUCAGCGAAAUAUGCAAAAUGUUGCUUUUAUAUAUGCAAUUGAUUUAGUUUCUCUAGAAUAUGUUUACGGAGGUCAAAACAAUGCAGUAGUUUAGGAAAUUAGAAGAGCAAAGCCUUACAGUGCUAUCAGCUGCAGCAAAAAUAUAUAGAUAAACCAUCAUGCCCUUUUGUUAACACACUAAAGAGAAAAAGGUCAAACGGAAGACACUUACCAAGACUUUUCAGGUGCUAUGGACAGCUGAAUCAACUCAGUGUCAAGUGCUUUAAAGUAUAGUAGCGAUGUGACGUUUUGUUUGUUGUUUAUUUGUUUGUUUGUUUAGGGUGGGAAGCUUGUUUGGUGGUUUAGGGGUUGGGGGGUUUCUAAUCAACAUUAUGUGAAUACCAGUUUUGGUUUCUUUUUUUUGUUUUUAAUGCAUGGGUUAUUGCAAUGAUUGAUGUGCACUCUUCAUAUUCUGCACAGUGGCGUACAGUGAGAAUGAAGAACCGUGUAGACAAUUGAAUCAGUAAUGAUGGUGUUCCAGUGAGGUACAGUACAUGACCAUGAAACGUUUACAGUCGAAGAAAAGAAACAAUAACCCUACAAGUGUUUUUAGUUGUCUUGAACAUUUUUCGGUGAACUAGAAAAUGCUACAGUUAAAGCAUUUAUUGUAAAAUAAUAGAGUGAAACAUCGGAAAUUGUUUUUUGGUGUUGCCUAGCAUUGCUUGUCAACCUUACCAUAAGGUUUUUAAGAUGUUUUACAAACAUGACUGUGUGAGCUUGACUGGUUUCAAGUAAAUAUUUGGUAUCACAGUUAUAUUUUGUUAAUUUUAACUGUAGUUAAAGCAUUUUUAAAAAAAUGUUGUCAACUGACAUAAUAUUUUAUUUAGCUAUGUUGUGUUUUUGUAAGUUUUCUUGUUUUUGUACCUGAGGAGAUAAAUGAGAGAAUUAAGGAAUGGUUGGUUCUUUGAGAGUACCUGACAAAGCUGGGAGCUUUCCCAUCUUUGCUAUAGAUGUUUUGGUAACAUUUUACUAAGACCCUCUAUCAUUAGACUGAUAUAACCAUGCCAUAAACAUGUUGCAUGACAUGACAGCCAAUGGCAGGAUAUGGUUUCCAUCAUAAUAAUCAAUAUUCAGUGAUAUGACAUUGUCAUAUUACAAUUAAUGGUCUCCUAAAUGGAAGAUUGGGAUGACACAUUUAGUGUCUCUAUCUUGUACUAAGUAUCCCACCAACAUUCAGAUUUCACAUUCAGAUGUGGAACUUGCUUCUGCACCCAUCUCAAUAGGUCCAAGAGAUGUGAAAAUGUUAUACACCAAGAUAUUACUCACCAAUAAGCGGUCAUGGUAUCAAAUGUUUUGAAAGCGGUCAUGAGAGUUACCAGUAAAUGUCACGACAUGGGACACUGACUUUUAUGACAUCUUAUUGCGGAGUACGCCACCUGCCAGCACAUCUUUAUGGCAUGGUUACAGUUGUUUGAAAAGGUUUGGAUACCCUUCUGGAAAUGACAUAUGUAUUUGUCGAUCUCUAAAGUAAAGUAGGUUAUGGCCUUAAGAAAAGUUAAGAAUUAACAGUUACAGGCACUGUGAAAAGUCUCUUGACUCCUUUUUCACCUCAAAAAUCAACAAAAUACAAAAUACUUUACACAGGGGUGCACAACCUUUUGCAUACAACUUGAUGUCUGUCUUAUGCUUGAUGGGUAAUCACCUGCGCUCCUGGUUGCUUUGAUUUUAUUCCAUGCUACAUUUUGACUGCACUCACUGCUUCUCCAGAGGUGGUGUUAAAGUAACACAAUGUAGAAAUUCCCCUUUUUGUCACUUGACAAUGUACCGUAAUUUUCCAACUAUUAGCCGCGGUUUAUACAUUGAUUUUGCAAAAUUUCCUCAGCUAUGAGGUUAGUACACGGGGGCAGUUAAUAUGGCAUUAAUAUGGUUUCAGUUUUUAACUUGCAUAAAACAUUGUCCUGCGGUUUAUACACAAUGUGGCUAAUACACAGGAAACUACUGUAUAAGGUACCCAUUCAGCGCUAAGGGGGUGCCCAAUAUAUCACAAACUGACAAAAAAAGGGUCAUGUUCCUGGUUGGAAAAACAAAGCUACAUAGUUCAGUACCGGGUGUUCUGGACACACAUCAGCAUAGACAGACACACAGUUUGGUAUUUAAAAAGCCUGCAUAUCAUCAAAAUGAGUUUGAAGCCAUUAUUUUAAGGUAAAAUAUAUACAUUGUGUUGCUUUAAGGAUGUUCAAGCAAACUUUCCUCUGGAGGCAUUUCAUGCUUUUUGCUUCUUGUAAACAGAAAAACACCUCAUCUAUGUUCACAAGAAUAUACAGCUAAGUCUAAUUCAGGGUUAUGGGUAUUGCAUUUAUGCAAACGAAAAUGAAUGUUUCAGUGAUGGAUGUGUUACAUAUGGAUUCCUGUGAUGGUCAGAGGGGAUUGUGGAAAAGGUAAGAGUAAGUUGUGUGUAUUUGUAUGUCAGCGAGUUAUAAAAACAGACGAAUUGAUAUAUUUUUCAAACUGUUCCAAAGUAAUGCAUUGGGUGUUCCUUGUGUUUACAUCCAUCCCUGUACAAUCCAAUCUGAGUACUGUAACUUUUACAGCUUUACCUGUACUGCCACUGUUACAACAUUUCAAUUAUUUUCCCUUUUUAUUGCUACUAUAAAGCAUAAAUAAACAUUUCCAUUUGUCCAAAGGCA